AUUGUGAAUCAAACCCGUCCGUUGUACUUAAACAAAUGUUGAUGUAAGAUCAUACAUAAGCUCGCUAUCAUUUCUGCAGUCUGCUUAUAGCUAAGGAUUACAAGAGACGCCCAGCCCCCAAAUAUACAAACAAUAUUCGCUCCCUACGGCUCCCAGUAUUUGCAAACGCAGACGAGAAGCCCGCACGUGUCCCCGGGCCCGAAGAGACAAAGGUGUGAUUCCGCAAAGUUUUUCCCAUAAGGAGCAUUUUCUGGAGGCUGUCUUGUUCAGUUUCAAACUCGACACAAGAAUCGUUGUCAAACCAUUGAGAGACAAGUUUUGCUCCUAGCGCCUGCACAUAACCGCAUCUAGAUGAACGUUCCUUGCGCCGAACCCUCCGCUAUAUCCCAGGGUUUAACUUUUAUCCAUUGAUUGGCCGUUUCAGUUCACCUCAAGGAACGGUUAGCAAGAGCUGUGAAGAGUUACUUGAGGGAGAAAGAAAAAGAUGUCAUUUUUGGCCAUCGAGUCCAAUUCCCCGUGGCAGGAUCGUCGGGAUGUCAGCAGUCAUGGCGGUUUGGGACAGUUGGUUAGCAGUGUGUCAACCGCUGGUUCGUUUCCACCAGCCCCUCGACUUUCUCAUACCCCGACAUCAGAUUUCCAGCCACCAUAUUUCCCCCCUCCCUACAACCUUCCAUCCCAACAAACAAUGGACUUUCAUCACCCUCACUUCAAUGCGGACUCAUAUUCACAUCUGAGUAACUUUCAUCAACAAUCACAACAGCAUUAUCAUCAGCUUCAUCCCCCGGAGCGAAAUGUGCUGCGCUACAAAGAAGAACCUCUUCAUAAUAUGCACCCUGGACUAACGCCACCUCACUCAGACUAUGGCGGGAUCCGCCGCCCAGAUAUUCUUAUGUCCGGGGGACACCCAUUAGGUUUUGGUGAUCAGAAUACAAAUUUGUUAAAUAUUCACCCCUCAGCAGGAUUGCCGGGAAUUGAAGAAGGGAUCCACCAGGGAGCAAUAGAUGAGUCCGGUAACUACAUUACUAGUGACCACAAUGGAGUCAUAAGGAAGGGUAUCAGACCAAAAAAUGACAACAGUAAAGAUUUGGUGAUUUCAGGGAUCACCUCGCCGGGAGAUGUGUUCUGUUCCGUACCCGGACGUCUGUCCCUCCUCAGCAGUACCUCAAAGUACAAAGUAACAGUCGCAGAGGUACAGAGACGAUUGUCGCCACCGGAAUGCCUCAACGCUUCACUACUGGGCGGAGUACUCCGAAGAGCAAAAUCCAAAAAUGGUGGACGAUCACUAAGAGACAAAUUGGACAAAAUAGGACUGAGUCUCCCUGCAGGCCGCAGAAAGGCUGCUAACGUCACCCUGCUGACAUCACUAGUGGAAGGUGAGGCAGUUCGUCUUGCUCGAGAUUAUGGCUACCUUUGUGAGACAGAGUUCCCUGCUCGUCAGUGUGCUGAAUACAACGCGAGACAGUAUAGCAGUGACCCAGCGGACCAGAUGGCCCGCAAAAACAUGAUCUUAGCCACAAAACAAAUCCUUAAGGAGUUCAUGGACUUGUUGAACCAAGACCGUUCACCACUCGGCAACACUAGACCACAACCCAUUCUGGAACCUGGCAUCCAGAGACAUUUGACUCACUUUAGUUUAAUUACACAUGGUUUUGGGUCGCCAGCCGUGGUUGCCUCUCUGACAGCCGUGCAGGCCUAUCUUAAUGAAAUGUUGAAAAUAUUGGACAAAUCUUACUCGACAGGAAACGCCCAGGUGCAAGGCCAGCAGAUGGACAAUGGGGUAAAACCUAAACUUCCCGAUAAAGAUGAAAACCGACGAGAGUGAUUGUCUUGUGUUUGCAAGCGGAAGAGCACAGUGGACGGACGCAGUCUAUAUCAAAAGUGCUGGCUGAUUCCUAUUUCUGAUAGUAAAAUCAGUUUUACAUGACUAGAAGCUGUCCCAUUGGUCAUGGUUUUCUGGAGAACCAAUGAGAUGAACAUUUUGUUCAAAAUUUCAGGGUCGUUAUUUCAUAUACCUAUAGAUUCAGAUUCUGAUGAUGUGAAAUCCACCUGUCUUUCUUAGAUAUAAAGGAAAUGUUCUCCAGGCUAUAAAUUUUCUGAACAUCUCCAGAGUUGUGACGCAAAAAAGGAAGAACACAAAUCCAGUUGAUUUAUUACUCCUGGAUUUGUCACGUGCUAUUUCGAUAGAACUUUUUUUAAAUGUCAGAUCACAAUUCACUGACUUAACCAUUCUUGAGAAUAGAAAUAUAACAUUUUCAAUGAAAAUGGGUUUUUUAAUAAUGACUUUCUGCAACUGUCAAAACUGGUUUGUGGCAGAUUUGGAACAGUUGUUGCAAUACUAUAGUGUUCUUUGUUUUGUUUACUAAGCAUUAUCGGUUAUGAUUGAGCAUUACAUUUUUGUUUGGUCUAGUCUUUUUUCCCUUUUUGUUCAAAAUGUAUUUUUCACAAUAAGUAUGUUUAUAUAUAUAACAUAUAACAUGAUACUGAUGCUAGAUUUUGUGUACAGAAUAUGAGGAAAUACUCGUUAUUAAAAGAGAAGUUUAUAUGUUAAUUCCAGACGAUAUCUACGUCAUUUUUGCAUUCCUUACCGCCAUUGUCUUGUGAUCAGAAUUUUGUGUGAAUAAGGAACAUAUUCAUGUGUAGCCAUGUGUGAAUGUGUGUGAAUGUUGAAAUUUUCCACUUUUGAGUACAUAUAAAGAAUAUAAUAUUGUACACGCGGUCAAGGAAAUCAUGAAAUUAAAUUAAAAUACACAAAACUACAA